GAAAGACUAUUGAAAUCCCUAACCGUCUCUAAUUGAUCACGAAGAAAUUAUUUCAAUUCUUAACUACCCUCUGAUAAAUUUAUAGUAAAUUCAUGUUAAAUCAAAAUCAGAAUCUAAUCUUAUGGGGCAAAUGACAAAUUCUAAAUCGGAAAAAGAGGAGAAAUCAGAGGUGGAAUUGGAGCUGAAACUAUUGGAAGCUCUCGAAAUCUAUCCUCCCGCCAAGUUACGAGGCAUACAUAGACACUUUGUGCUUUAUGGUUUGACGGAGUACAUGAGCAGAAGUUUCAAUCGGUCAUUUACUGCAGAUGAUGUUUUGAAGUUGUUGGAUCGCUUCUACAACUUGGAAAUGGUGGUAAGGUUAAACUAUAAUCACUCAAAUUUUUAUGGCCUCAAAUUAGAAAGACACCAAUUUGUAUUUGAUGAAGAGUGCUUAAGGGCAUUUGAAACCAUAAAGGUAAAAUUGAUCACUGCUCUAGUGAUUGUAGUGCCAGAUUGGGAUUAG